AUGAAUUCUAUAUUAGACAAUGACAAACAAGUCACCACACAUGCAGUUGACGUUGAAUCAAAAGACAUCGGUCAUGUAUCUCCUACCCAGGCAGAUGCAGCGCUGGAAUACCUUUGCACUGAAGAUGUAGCCACUUUCUCUGACGUAGACGAGAAACGGCUGGUCCGAAAGAUCGAUCGAAUGAUCGUGCCAUUGAUGUGGGCAAUCUACUUCCUACAGUACCAAGAUAAGAUUCUGAUCAACUAUGCAUCUGUCAUGGGCCUGCUGGAAGACACUGGCAUGCGAACAGACCAAUUCUCAAACCUCGCCCUAGCAUUCUAUGUGUCCUAUCUCUUCUUUGAACUUCCAACAGGAUACCUGAUGCAGCGUUUGCCGACUGCAAAGUAUCUAGGAUUGAAUGUGACCCUCUGGGGUCUUCUGACAACUCUAAACUGCGUUGCAAAGAACUUUCCUGGCCUUGUUGUGCUUCGGGUUCUCCUAGGAUGUUUUGAAAGUGCUGUAGCUCCUGCGCUGAUUUUGAUAACUUCAAUGUGGUACAAGAGAGAUGAACAACCUAAGCGCAUGGGUUUCUGGUACCUAGGCACAGGCACCGCGACCAUAGUCGGUGCCCUCGUCGCAUACGGGCUGCUCUUCUAUACAGCAGACGAGUUCUAUUCCUGGCAAAUCAUGUUUCUGAUUUUUGGCAUUAUCACGAUCGCAGUCGGAGUCACGGUCAUUCUGAUCUUCCCAGAUAAUCCCAUGACCUCCCGGUUAAGCCACGAGGAAAAAAUAAUGGCCAUCGAGCGUCUUCGCGAUAACCGAACAGGCAUUGAAUACAAGCACUUCAAAUGGGAACAGUUCUUCGAGGUAUUCAAGGAUCCGCAAGCCUACCUGAUAGCUGUGGUUGUUGCCUCGAGCAGCAUCAGCAAUGCAGCCAUCAGCAGCUUCUCGGCCUUGAUCAUUAAGAACUUCGGGUUUACCACCAAAGAGACCGAACUACUCACGAUUCCCGGAGGUGUAGUCAGCGUUAUAAGCAUCCUACUCGGCACAUACUUGGCGGGCCGUUUCGAUCAGCGGUGUUUCUGCACCAUCGGUAUCCUGUGUUGCGGUCUUCUUGGAGGUUGUCUCAUGGCAUUCGCUCCGAGUGACAACAGAGGCGCCAAGUUGGCAGGGAGCUACCUGACCAACUGUGUCGGAUCGGCACUUCCAUUGCUGUACUCGAUCGCAGGUGCCAACGUUGCCGGCCAUACCAAGAAAGUCACCAUGAAUGCGAUCGUUCUGAUGUCAUUCUGUCUUGGAAACAUCUUAGGCCCGUUGUCAUUCCGCACCGAGGACGAACCGGAGUAUAUGCCGGCCAAGAUCGCCAUCGUAGCGACCGUCUCCGUCGCAAUUGUUUUCACCGUAGCUCUGAAAUGCUACUACAUUUGGGAGAAUCGGCGACGAGAGAAGAGCCAGAGACAUCGGCAUGAAGAGAACUCCGAAUUUUUGGAUCUUACGGACAAGGCAAAUCCAGAGUUUAGAUACAAGCAUUAAAGAGCGGAUCAUUGUAAU